AUGGAUGCAGAUGCUGCGAAACCUGACGGGAACUGCAAGGGGGCUAAAGAUGCCCCCACCUGUCCGGUUGUGGAAGGGGUUGUCGACGGAGAGGAGAGUGGAGAUCAGGAGUCGAGACCUCUCCUGGCGGCGAGCCGGAGGGUGGCGGUGAUGGCGAAGGGCAGCCAGAGGAACGCGAAGAGGAAGGUCCGGUGGAACGACCGCCACGGCAACAAGCUCGCGGAGGUGCUCGAAUUCCAACCCAGGUGUGGGCUUCUGGCUCUCUCCUCAUCUCUCCGCCAGCACCUGGGAUUCAUGGUCUGAAUCUCUCUCUCUUCUCCUGUCCCGCCGAUCGUGCAGCUCGAUUUCAUCUCCUCCAAUUACGCCCCUCGUUUCCCGAUUUCCGCUUCCCCAACCCCGGAUAUCAUCGCCCCACCCGCCCCCAACAAAGCUCCACCAUUCUUCCCCCGAUUCUUCAUCAGAAAUGGAGGAACCCGAUGCUGCCUCCCAGGGUCCGGUCCUUCGAAUGAGAGCUCCGCCACGACUCCUCCUCCUAAGCUUGAAGCUCCAGAUAACACUGUUCUACCCCCGAUCUCGAUCUCUCAUCGACCUAUGGCGGCAGGAUCAUCCAAUGGAACACAUGAAUGAAGAAGGGCUGAUCCACUUCUAUUAUUUGCAGAAUGCAUCUGCGACAACAUCCAACACCCCUAUCUCUCUCUCUCUCUCUCUCACACACACACACACUCUCUGUGCAGUGAUAACAGCGACUCUGAGGCCGACGACUAUGGGGAUUCCUGCAUCUGCGCAGUGAUGUAG